AUGGAGCAGACCACCCUUGCCGAGCAGUCACAGCAGCCAGAAGAGCCCACCACCGAGGAGCAGUCACAGCAAGAGCAGCAACAGGCGGGGCGGCGGGGCGGCGGGGAGGCGUCGAGUGCGGACCGACCUGACAUGACGAAUGGCUCGCACAGCCAGUCGCUCCCUGCCGGCCGGCCGUACCGGCCGAUGCCCCAUGACCGGACGUUCGGGGAUUUCAUGAAGGCGGCGAGGCGAGGCGGUACAUGCAAUCAGCAGAGAAAGGAAAUGAGGCUGAAGCGCCGGGAGGAGGAGCAGGAGAGGAGGGCGGCGGCAGCAGCUGCUGCAAGUGCGGAGGACGCCGCCGAGGUGAGAGGAGUCACCGCUUCACUAUCGAUUACCUUCCUGCCCAUCCACUCCCGUACAUGCCUCGUGUCUUGGUUGUCUGUAUCUGUCUGUCUGUCUGUCUGUCUGUCUGUGUCUCAUAUGUAUCUCAGGAGCCCCCCGCUCGUGGCGAGGAGGGUGAAGUUGAAGAUGCGCAGUCGCAGAACGGCGUCACCGAGGAGGCAGCAGCACGGGCCGACGAGCAGGCAGGAGAGGGAGAGGGAGAGGAAGAUGGAGAGAGGACGGCCGAGUCGCGAGGAGAGGCUGAGGGCGAGGGCGAGGGUGAGGCUGCCGAGGACAUCACCUCCCCGCUCGACGACAGCACCGGCAUCUCCGCACCGGCGGCUGCUGGCGACAUCUCCCACUUCCCUGCGCCCACCGUCCAGCCCUCCAAGUCGUCCACGGUGCCCCCGCCCGCCCCUGCUGCUCCCACCCCUCCGGCCGCUCCCCUCUCGCCACCCCCAGUGCGCGCCAAGGAGGAUGAGACGGGCGGUCCACCCCUACCAGCAUCUUCUGCCUCUCAGCCUGACGACACUCGACAGCCUGACGGGCCCGUGACCCCCAACACCGACAGAGAUGCAGCCCACCAGCCCCCUCACCACCACCAGCACCACCACCGAGGUUCGCCACCCCCACGACGAGGCCGAGGGGGCCGCCCACCGCCCGGCUCUCACUGGCGGCCUGUGCGCGAGGGAGGAGACGACAGCCCCCGACAAGCCGACCGGGAGGAGCCCAGCAGCGGCGGCUACGGGCAUGUCAAGCGAGGGACGGGGCGGGGCGGCGGGGAGGCGUCGAGUGCGGACCGACCUGACAUGACGAAUGGCUCGCACAGCCAGUCGCUCCCUGCCGGCCGGCCGUACCGGCCGAUGCCCCAUGACCGGACGUUCGGGGAUUUCAUGAAGGCGGCGAGGCGAGGCGGUACAUGCAAUCAGCAGAGAAAGGAAAUGAGGCUGAAGCGCCGGGAGGAGGAGCAGGAGAGGAGGGCGGCGGCAGCAGCUGCUGCAAGUGCGGAGGACGCCGCCGAGGUGAGAGGAGUCACCGCUUCACUAUCGAUUACCUUCCUGCCCAUCCACUCCCGUACAUGCCUCGUGUCUUGGUUGUCUGUAUCUGCUCUGCGUCUCAUAUCUCAGGAGCCCCAGGGCAGCACCGCCCAGUCGCAGCACGGCGUCACCGCACCAACCAUGACGCAGAUGCCCACCGAGAAGGCCGCUCCCCUCUCGCCACCGGCAGUGCAGGCCAAGGACACCAACACCACGCAGGAGGGGGCAGUGGUGGUGGACGGCAAGGGUGGGGCUGCCGCACCGGCGGCUGCUGGUGCACUGGCUGGGCCGUGGUGGGGUGCGUUGGGGAGGGUGGUGGAGUGGUUCUUCCCUGCACCGGUGCCCUCCCCAUCCAAUGAUAUGUUGACAUAUGAAUGGAUGGGUGCACGUGUGCGUGGCCGUAAAUGAGUAAGUGGUGUGCCCGGUGCCACUGUGCCGUUCAUGGAAAGGGAUUCAUGUAUGUGAUUUGUGAUGUAAUGUGAUGUGAUGUGAUGUGUGUGCGGUGUCGUGUGCUUUGUGCUUUGUGCGACUGCCUGCCUGACUGCUCGCCUGCCUGCCUGUCUGUCCUUACUGUCUGGCUGUUUCAAUGUUGAAUGGAUGGAUGGACAGGGAG